AUGGCUCCGAUGUCGAAGAUGGCGCUCGGCAUAAAGCGGGCGUCGAGAUCGCACACCUACCACCGCCGCGGGCUUUGGGCCAUCAAGGCCAAGCACGGCGGCGCCUUCCCCAAGGCCGAGAAGCCGGCCGCCGUCGCCGAGCCCAAGUUCUAUCCCGCUGAUGAUGUCAAGCCACGCACCGUCAGCACACGCAAACCCCAUCCCACCAAGCUCAGAUCGACCAUCACACCGGGCACGGUGCUGAUCCUGCUCGCGGGGAGGUACAUGGGGAAGCGCGUGGUGUUCCUCAAGCAGCUCAAGUCCGGCCUUCUCCUCAUCACUGGACCUUUCAAGAUCAAUGGCGUGCCAAUCCGCAGAGUGAACCAGACUUACGUCAUUGCCACAUCCACAAAGGUCGACAUCUCUAAGGUUAAUGUGCAGAAGUUUGAUGACAAGUACUUUGCUAGGGAGAAGAAGACUAGGGCAAAGAAGACUGAGGGCGAGCUAUUUGAGUCGGAGAAGGAGGCAACCAAGAAUUUGCCAGACUUCAAGAAGGAUGACCAGAAGGUCAUUGAUGCCGAGUUGAUCAAGGCUAUCGUUGCUGUCCCAGACCUUAAAAAUUAUCUUGGUGCCCGGUUCUCUCUCAGGGAUGGCGACAAGCCGCAUGAGAUGACCUUCUAA